UUCGUCACGCGUCACGCCGCGAGACGCGUUCCUCCCAUCUCCUCGUCCUUGUUUCCUCCUACCACUCAUCUCUGGUCGCGAUGGCAUCCUCAGCAUCGAAAGGCAAGGCACCGGCGAAUGACAAUGACGCGGAUAUCCCAUAUGAGCUUCCUUGGGUCGAAAAGUACAGGCCGAAGGUGCUUGAUGAUGUCGUCGGCAACGAGGACACUAUUGAGCGAUUGAAAGUCAUUGCUAAAGACGGAAACUGUCCACACAUUAUCAUUUCAGGAAUGCCCGGAAUCGGCAAGACGACGAGCAUUCACUGCUUAGCACACCAACUACUAGGAGAUGCAUACAAGGAUGGUGUGCUUGAACUGAACGCGUCGGAUGACAGAGGCAUUGACGUUGUGCGAAACAAAAUCAAAGCCUUUGCUCAGAAAAAAGUGACUCUACCACCAGGGAGGCACAAGAUUGUUAUAUUGGACGAAGCCGACAGCAUGACGCCAGGAGCACAACAGGCACUUCGGCGAACCAUGGAAAUAUACUCGAAUACGACCAGAUUUGCACUGGCAUGUAACAUGUCAAACAAGAUUAUCGAGCCAAUACAGAGUCGUUGCGCGAUUCUCCGCUAUGCCAAGCUACGGGAUACGGAGAUCCUGAAGCGACUUCUGGAGAUAUGCGAGGCGGAGAAGGUCGAGUACAACGACGACGGUCUCACCGCGCUGAUCUUCACGGCAGAAGGUGACAUGCGGCAAGCAAUCAACAACCUGCAGUCAACACAUGCAGGCUUCGGAUUCGUCUCCGGAGACAACGUCUUCAAAGUUUGCGACCAACCACACCCGAUUUUUGUCCAGGAGAUGAUUCGAGAAUGUCUGAAAGGCGACAUUGAUGGUGCGAUGGAGAAACUGCACAAGCUGUGGGGUCAAGGAUAUGCAGCUGUCGACAUCGUGGUAACGAUCUUCCGAGUUGUUAAGUCGUUCGAUGAGAUACCAGAAUAUACGAAGUUGGAGUACAUCAAGGAAAUUGGUUGGACACAUAUGCGGAUUCUGGCAGGUGUCGGCACACUGAUUCAGCUGAGUGGUCUGAUGGCUCGGUUGUGCAAGAUGAACAUGAAACCUGAGCUGUUCAAAAUGUAGACUGGCUGUUUCCUCAGAUUAUAUUGAUUUUCUACGGAUGUCACUGCAGUACGCUAUACUAUAUACAUGAAUUGAGUGCCGUUAUAAGAAUAUAUGCGACAUCGUUCUGCU